GUUGGUGUUCCCGGUCCGCGUUAAGUAUUAAGUAGAAGAAGCAAAUUUUAACAUGUGGUAACGUUGCCUGUCAGCAACAGGCAGAUUGCGGCUGAUGUGUGCAUUUGCUUGCGUUCCAUUAGAUUGGUUACAUAUAUAUAUAUGCAUAUUUCUUUUUUAAAAUUUUUAGAUAAAUAAAACUUUGUCCCGGAAAAUGCGUCAACUUAAGGGUAAAGUGAAAGAAACGCGUAAACAACGCAAGGAACGUAAAUUGGAAAAUUUGACCAUACAAAAUCAAAUUAAAACAAUUGUGUUACCAGUUCUUGGGGUAUUUGCUUUAUUAAUUGUUGCAUUUGUUUAUCUCAAAACCCGUCCACCACCUGUUAUGGCGUAACAAUAUUGGAAGUAACUUUUAAUAAUAAUGUGCAUAGAUAUGUACUUUUUAAUUGGUUAUAUGAUGCAAAGAUGAAAAAUUUCACGUUAAAAUACUCUAUAGAGUCUUACUGUGCAAUUUUAUUAACUACUGUUUUCUUCUUUAAACAAAAAUAGUAUUCCAUUUUCUAAAU